GCACAUUUCAGCUCCGUACCUCGCACAGACCACUUGUCGCUUAAACUGGACCGACACCGACCCAUUUAUAUUCCAACCAGUAAGUGAAAGAGCAGCGAACAAAGCCGGUGUUCCAGUUGGUUGAGCAACCCCAUUCAUACCAAAAUUCCGGGAGUAUAAAAUCCGGGAAACAAAAGCCCCCCCGCCUAUGGGUGUAAAGUGGAGGUAAAGUUAUCAUUGAUUCUUUGGCCGGUGCCAUGGUUGUCAUGACAACCCUCGCGUUCCCUCGAAUUAGCAUGCAUCAGCGCUUAGGUCUCCCCCGAGUGGUUAUCAGUUGUUGGAUAGCCAGCCAGUGGCUCUGAACAAUCUGUGACCGCGUGAGAAAUACAUAGCACAUCUAUAUGAAUUAAAGAAAUAAGUCUCUCAUAUAGCACGUUGUUUGUGCGUACUCCGGCUUAACGACAGCCCCUCCUUAGUCUGUUGAGGCUGAUAUGGUGCAACUCCUCUAUCAACAAGAUGCUCGUUACGUAUCAUCCGACAAAAAAGUGGUAUUGGUUCCUCACGGUUACGGUUAUUUGUUUGCUGCUUUGUGUUCUGGCUGUUGCGUCGCUUCCGGUGAUUGUCAGUAGUUCCGCCUCCGCUUGUCGGGCCCUAUCCACCUGUGAUCCGUUUCUGCCCAUUUGUGCCUCUUCUUUGAAUGAACACCAGUUCUUCUACAGCCAAUGUGAAAUGCUGCGGGACAUUUGCUUCACGGGAAAGGAUUGGAAGUCCGACUUUUUUAGUCAUUGCAAUGUUAGCAAACUGUAGCCACAAGUCUGAUCUUAGAUAUAGCUAGUAAACCAGAGAUUGUUACAAAUAAUAACCAAAACUUGUAGGUUUAAAAUAUACAAACAUUUAUAAUAAAGCGCUUCUCAAGUCUUAAA